AUGUUGUGCUUCCUGUUCGACUACAACCACACCCCCAGCAACGGGCGGCGAGAAGAGAAACUCAUGCUAUGGUCGGACGGCCGUGCCGACCACCUUCUCUGUGCUGCUCGAGGAGCAGCGCUGUCACCGCGGCUGGGAGCUCCCCUGCUGGAACUGGAGGGGAGGAAGUGCGAAGAUGACCUCAUGGUUGAAGGCCAUGUGAUCGGCAUGCUCUACGGCGUUUUGGAGCAGUUGUCACCGGAGGUGCGCACGCGUAUCGGCGAAGGGUACUUGUUUUACGAUUGGUUUGCCAUCCCGCAGAUCACUGCGAGGCAGCCCGGGGUGAACGAAGAGACCACGAAGUCGGACGCCGCUUUGGCGGUGCAAAGUAUUCCGGCCUACGUGGAGGCCUGCAACCUGUUCUUCGUGCUCUGCCCGGAGCUCCACCACCAAGAAACAGGUGAAAGGUGUAACUACACCUCCUGGCUGCAAAGGGGCUGGUGUCGUGCUGAACUCUACUGCCGUUUGCUGUCUAUUCGGGCAGACACCAGUGUCAUUGUGGUCUACUCAUCUGCGGAGGCUGAAUUUAUGUUCUACUUGGACUGGCAGCAAAACAACAUUUCUGACGGGACCUUCACUGUGGAGGCUGAUCGGUCAGUUGUGGUCCGGCUGGGAGAAGUUGCCGUGGAGAGCAAGUUGAAGCAUGUGCGCGGUUCGGGUCCGUUGGAUUACUACCGGUUCUUUUCGGCCACAGAGCAGAAAGUGCUGGGACGUUCAGACCCCUGCUGGACUCAGGAGCAGUUCCUGGAGCACUUCCAGUUCUCCAGCCUCGCGGUCGCCGCGCAAGAUAGGGUUGGCAUGAACGGCGUGAUGUGCGCCGCUUUCGCUGGAGACGGCCGCAUGUUGCGCUGUCUCGUUGAGCAGGAAGGCGACGUGAACUGCAAGCUGCACGGCUUAGAGCGCCUGGGUUUCUGGAACACAUUGACACCGCUGAUGAUCGCGGCACGAAUGAACCACCGUCCGGACGUUCUGCGAGCCAUGCUGGAGCUCCGUGCCAAUGUCAAUGACCGGGUAGCCCGCUCUGGCAUCAACGCAGCCUUCAUGGUACGCAGCCCGGGGCAGGUAGAGGUGCUGCUAGCGGCGAAAGCUGACUUCCACUCAGCGGCUGCCGUUGGUGUGGGUCUGCACCCGCUCACCGGCGUCGCCUCCUUUGCGACCGCGGAGACGCUGACCGCGAUGCUCUGGGCGAGGUGCGAUCCAAACCCCGAUCUGCAGGGGGUGGGCUGGAGCCCUCUGCACGCCCUGGCGCUGAUGUCCCGAGGCAACCCAUACGCGAAGGAGAAGGCGCAUCUGCUGUUGGCCCACCGUGCAGAUCCAAACGCUCGGGCGCGGCCCACCGGCAUGUUUGCAGCCGUUGCGCGGUUGGCACGCGUGCAGGCGUCCCUUUGGGGCUUGCGAAACUGCCUGACGAAAACCCGCUACGCCGCCAGUGUCGCCGGGAUAACUCCUCUUGGCAUGGCAGCUCUCGUCGGCGAUGAGCAGCUGGCGUGCCUUUUUCUGGAGAUCGGGGCUGAGCUCUCUGCGAAUGACCGUGGAGACCUCCCAGACGAUCUCGCCAGGGCGAAUCGGCACCACCACCUUGUGUCCGUCCUGUCCCUGCUGCCGGUGUGA